GGCUGUGCUGGUCAGAAUGAGGAGAUGAGAGAAACACUGUCGGAGAGCUGAAUCAUUGCAUUGGCAGCUGCGGACGUAAGGCCACUCCACUCUGAGGUCUUCAUGCCAAAGGGGUUAUGGAGAUAUUUAUCCAUGGAGAGGAUCCAAAGAGUUGGACUGCAUCUCAAAACAGGACAUCUGUGGUUUCUUUUCAUUCAACAAUGCCCUUUAAGUGUAAGCUUUCGCUGGGAGGGGGGAUGUGUUAUUUUGUGGUAUUUGGAGAGGAAGCCUAAUGAGCUGAUUCAUUGAUUAUUGCUAGCCAUCAUAAUGACUGACUCUCACUUGUCUGGCUCUGUCGGCAGCUACAACGGCAGCUCUCCCACCAAAAGUGACUGGAACAUCACUGGCAGUGGCCCGUGGUUGUUGGCCUUUAUGCUGACUGUUAUCAUCUUCAUGACAAUCUGUGGCAACAUGCUGCUCAUAGCCCUGGUGUUUGCCCAUCGCUCUUUGCGCUGCACCUCAAACUGCUUCCUGGUGUCUUUGUUCUUUUCUGACCUAAUGGUGGCAUUGGUGGUGAUGCCCCCAGCCAUGCUCAAUGUCCUGUGUGGGGCCUGGAUACUUUGGCCUGCCUUCUGCCCAGUUUGGCUUUGCUUCGAUGUCAUGUGCUGUAGUGCGUCUAUCCUCAACCUGUGUGUUAUCAGCCUGGACCGUUACCUCUUCAUCAUCUCACCGCUGCGCUACAAGCAGAGGAUGACCCCACCUCGUGCGCUACUUUUAGUAGGAGCUGCUUGGGGGUUGGCAGCACUGACUUCUUUCUUGCCCAUUGAGAUGAAAUGGCACAGUUUAGGUCACAGGAGUGGAUACUCAACCAUACCUGAAGUCAGCAUGAGUAACAUCAGCUCCUUCUCUGACAAGCUGUACCCAGAAUCUUAUUUUCUGCUGUCACCAUCAGGAGGCCCUUCCUUUCAGUGCCGCCUGCAGGUCACCCUGCCAUUUGCUCUUGUGGCAUCUGUGCUCACCUUCUUUUUGCCUUCAAGCGCCAUUUGCUUCACCUAUUGCCGGAUCCUUCUGGCAGCACGGAGACAGGCGAAGAGGGUCGCAGCACUGAGCAACCCUCCACACCAUUAUCACUCCCUUGGAGAACCCUCUCGACCCCCUUCACCUGGGGUUGUUGCUGGCCAGGCUCAGCAGGAUGGAGAUGACUGCAGUCAUCAAGGACCUCCUAUGUCACAAAAUGUACCGCCUUCAGUGAACAGUGAGCGCCGUCUGGCUCACAGGCAGGGUCGGAGGGCACUGAAGGCUAGUCUCACACUGGGAGUCCUACUGGGGCUCUUCUUCAGUGCUUGGUUACCCUUUUUUAUCACCAACAUGGCUCAGGCAGUAUGCGAAUGUGUUCCCCUUGCGCUGUUCGACGCCAUCACCUGGCUGGGUUACUGCAACAGCACAAUGAACCCCAUCAUCUACCCGCUGUUCAUGAGGGACUUCAAGCGAGCUCUGGCAAAGCUCCUGCCCUGCUGUUCUUCGCGGUCACCCAGAAGGCCAUCACCAGCGCUUUCCAUCUCUUUACGCAACUCAGGAGAGCCUAACAUUGCCAGCAACCCCCCCUCCCCUCUGCCCUCUGACCCUACUCACCCCCCUGCCACUGCUACUGAUGCUGUCAACCUGCUGGAUGCUGAGCAUGCUGGGAUUGAGUUACCCCUGCUUCUUCCCAAUCAGGUUCACACCCUGGAUUGAAUAAUCACAGG